AGUCCGGCGGGCUCCGGACGUCGAGAUGGAGGAAGGCGAGUACGAGUCUGUUCUGUGUGUCAAGCCAGAGGUCCACGUCUACCGCAUCCCGCCGCGGGCCACCAACCGUGGUUACAGGGCUGCGGAAUGGCAGCUGGACCAGCCAUCAUGGAGUGGCCGGCUGCGGAUCACUGCAAAAGGGCAGGUGGCCUACAUCAAGCUGGAGGACAGGACCUCAGGGGAGCUCUUUGCUCAGGCCCCGGUGGAUCAGUUUCCAGGCACAGCUGUGGAGAGCGUGAUGGAUUCCAGCAGGUACUUCGUUAUCCGCAUCGAAGAUGGAAACGGGCGACGGGCGUUUAUUGGAAUUGGCUUCGGGGACCGAGGUGAUGCCUUUGACUUCAAUGUUGCCUUGCAGGACCAUUUCAAGUGGGUGAAGCAGCAGUGUGAAUUUGCGAGACAAGCCGAGAACCCAGAUCAAGGUCCCAAAUUGGACCUAAGCUUCAAGGAGGGCCAGACCAUCAAGCUCAACAUUGCAAACAUGAAGAAGAAGGAAGGAGCAGCUGGGACUCCCCGAGCCCGGCCCGCCAGCACAGGAGGACUGAGCCUGCUUCCCCCUCCCCCAGGGGGGAAAACCUCCACCCUGAUCCCUCCCCCUGGGGAGCAGUUGUCUGUGGGGGCGUCCAUCGUCCAGCCAGCAGUUGCUCCCAGUUCAGGAGGUGCCACUGUGUCCUGGCCGCAGCCCAAGCCUGCCGCUACUGCCACCGCCGACAUCUGGGGAGACUUUUCCAAAUCCACAGGGUCGACCUCCAGCCAGACUCAGCCAGGCACAGGCUGGGUCCAGUUCUGACCUGAGCGCAACUCUUUUUCCUCAUACAACUUCUGGAAAGGAGCUGCCUCGUCUGGGCGGAAGGAAGGAGGAUGAAGCACUCCCUGGCCAGCCUCUGUUUGGAGCGUGACUCUCUCCUCUCCUCUUCCUUGCCUGGACUCUCCUGACAGACUGGGCGUGUUAGGCAGUAAAUUGGCACCAUGUCACACUGUUUCCUGGGAUUCGAGUGUGCAGCCAGAACACAGGAGAAGAGUUCCAGGAUCCCUAUCCCUGUCUGUCCUCUUGACAUGAGAGAGACUCUGAGACUUCUUCCAUCACGAAGACUCGUAUUAAACACAAGCCCCUGAAGCAAAAGAAGGGGUCGAGUGUGCUGCCUGGAUUCAGAUCAGCCCUUCUCGGGGGGGUUACAGGUGUCACGUGAUCACUGUCUGGAGGGGGGCUUUCCUCACUCCCAUUGGCUGUAGCCAUUCCAGUCAGGUGCCUUAAGAGGAGGGAUUCCUUCCUGAUUUCUAGCAGGUUAUAGGCUGCAGCUUGAACAGAUAAUCAGGAGGGAAAUCAAGAGUAUUAACCAGACUUUUAAGAUUUUUUUGAUACUUGCUUUGCUGACAUGCUGAUCUGCACUAACUCAUUGUCUUUGCAAAAGGCUUGCUCCUGUAGUCUGCGCCCGCAGGGGCCUCUGAAAGCAUUCCUCACUGUCAGUCGCAGGAGCUGCUCCGGGCCCCAGGAAGCAGUGUUCAUCUCGGCUAUGGGGCCUGGUUUCCGUGUUUGCCAGGCCGGGCAGGCGCUGGAAACCAGGUGCGACAGUGUUUGGGCUGGAAAGUGGCAGCUGUUCUCACGUAGGUGGGGCUUUGGCCUUCCCGUUCGCUGGCAGCUCUCUGGGCUCACAGUGCAGUUCCUGGCGGACUUGGGUUUUCUCCUGGGUGGUUUCUGAAGUGCCUUGUCUGCAGACAACCUCUUACUUUCUUUUCUCCUUCAGGGACUGUACAUGACAGACAGAAGGAGUUCUGAAGCAACUGGAAGUCUAGGGUUGCCUGGUUUAUAAGAAAUAAUUUUAUAAGAAAUAAUUUUAUCUGAGCACACCUCUAAAAUUGCUUUUAUCGACAUACGUUACCUCUUAAUUGAAAGAUUUCCUUUUUGAAGGGUCAAGAUGAUGAACUGAAAAAAAGUGUUGGCCUCUUUGUGGGACCAGAUUUCUAAGAUAAAAAAUAAAUAUUUCUACUCUGUCAGUGUACGUCAAAGAUGGAAGUGUUUUUGGCGGCAUGGCUGCCAAACCCUCCAGGAUGCCUCAGCCACCUCUCGCCACUGAGCGUUUGUCCAGACUUAAAAGUCUGGGGCCACGGCGACAGAUUGGCCACAGUAGGGGAAUUUGGCCCUGUUGCCCUAAGGCAACCAGCAAUUUCCCUUCUGCAUAGAAGAGACAGUCUUUCUGCCAUUCUGGGACAUUCUGGGCUCCUUGCCUUCUAAUGUGGGAGGAGAGUCCUGCCUCCCACCAAGACUUCCCCAUAGAAGCAUCUUCCUAAAUAGUAAGGGUGUCCGGGCACACAGAGGCCAAAAAAUAAGAUAAAGGCCUCGGUGCUUGUCAUGUCUGUGGGUUCUGUAAGAAAGAUGCAUUUUUGCUGUUGGUUAUAGAAGUGGCCGCUCUGGCUAAUAAACUGUGUAAGGGAGGACAAAGAAAAUUGGAAUUGAGGAUCCUCAUGUCCUUUGAAUAAGGAAAAGGAAAUUGCAACAGGGGAUUCUCAGGAGUAGUAAACUUCUUUGUGUCUGCUUCCCGUUACUCCCCAUCUUAUUUAUAAGUGCUUAGAGGCUAGAAAAGAGGAAGCUUAGAGUUAGAGGAGACCCUUAACCAGAAGCAUAUACCAUUGAAGGUAAGCCCUUGGGUCCUGCAGGCAGACCUGGGCUUUGAUCUAGGUUGUCUACUGGUAAAUGUGUGACCAUGGGCUCCUUAAGCCAAAUGUCACUCAGAUGAGGCAUAUAAAGCACUAGCAGGUGCCCAUCCUAUAAUUUGACCUUAAUCACCUUGAUGUAGAAUCAGGUAACACAUCCAGAACCAUUACUCAUAAUGGUGCUGAUAAGGCAGCUGAUGAAGAAACAGCAGUCAAAAAAUCUAACCUGGGGCUUCCCUGGUGGCGCAGUGGUUGAGAAUCUGCCUGCCAAUGCAGGGGACACGGGUUCGAGCCGUGGUCUGGGAAGAUCCCACAUGCCGCGGAGCAACUAGGCCCGUGAGCCACAACUAGGCCCAUGAGCCACAACUACUGAGCCUGCGCAUCUGGAGCCUGUGCUCUGCAACAAGAGAGGCCACGAUAGUGAGAGGCCCGUGCAUCGCGAUGAAGAGUGGCCCCCGCUUGCCGCAACUAGAGAAAGCCCUCGCACAGAAACGAAGACCCAACACAGCCAAAAAAAAAAAAAAAAAAACUAACCUGAAAAGCACUUUGAGGGGUCUCUGGGGGGCAGGGAAUAGUCUGGUGCUCUCCAUCACCAACUGGAAUCCCAGCUAUGGGACCUGGGUCCCCAGGAAAACUCCCAGUACCAAACCAGGCAUCUCUUCACUUAACACCCUUGACUGGAGCUUCCAAAUUGGUGGGGUGUGGGUAAGAGAUGGGUGUUGGGUUUGGGGAUUUUGAGACCUGAGCUGCUCUCUCUAUAGCAGGAGAGGAGGACUUGGACAUACUGAGGUGGCAGGCAGACUACAAGAUGUUUCCAUGAUUAAAUGACAUAACAUUGCAACAUCUGUCUUGCUGGCUUUAAAGAAACCAGCUGCCAUGUAUGAGUUGCCCUAAUCCGAGGGUCACAGUGUCAAGGUGGCAAAAGUAGCCUCUGCCGACAGCCAACAAAAAGCUGAAGCUCUUAGGGCAGCGGUCUGCACGGAACCGGAUGCUGCCAAAACCACCUGAGCUGGGAAGCAGAGCCUUCCUCAGUUGAUCCUCAGGUGAGCCCCGCCUGCCAACACUGUGAGUGCAGCCUUACAGAGGACCCAGCCAAGCUGGGCCCAGACUCCUAACCCCUGGAAACUGAGUAAGUAAGUGUGUUUCAAGCUGCCAAGAUGGUGGUAAUAUCAUUAGGCAGCAAUAGAUAACUAAUAACAAGAGGUGAGUGAAGGGCAUUGGAGAUGGGAGUCAGUGUGAGAGAAGAGUCUGGACAGGGACCUCCCUGGUUGUGCAGUGGUUAAGGAUCCGCCUGCCAGUGCAGGGGACACGGGUUCGAGCCCUGGUCCGGGAAGAUCCCACGUGCCGUGGAACAACUAAGCCCGAGCGCCACAACUACUGAGCCUGCGCUCUAGAGCCUGUGAGCCACGACUACUGAGCCCAUGUGCCACAACUACUGAAGCCCGCGCGCCUAGAGCCCGUGCUCUGCGACAAGAGAAACCACCACAAUGAGAAGCCUGCACACCACAACAAAGAGUAGCCCCUGUUCACUGCAACCAGAGAAAAGCCCGCGCGCAGCAACGAAGACCCAACGCAGCAAAAAAUAAAAAAAAAUAAAAAGAAUCCUCCUGCCAAUGCAGGGGACACAGGUUCGAGCCCUGGUCUGGGAAGAUCCAACAUGCGAUGGAGCAACUAAGCCCCUGCACCACAGCUACUGAAGCCCGAGCGCCUAGAGCCCGUGCUCCGCAACAAGAGAAGCCACUGCAAUGAGAAGCCCGCGCACCACAACGAAGAGUAGCCCCCACUCGCCGCAACUAGAGAAAGCCCGGGAACAGCAACGAAGACACAAUGCAGCCAAAAAUUAAAAAAAAAAAAAAGUGGACAGAUUUAAUGGCUGUAUGGCCUUGGGAGGUCACUUAACCUGCUCCUUGGGGGCCUCACUUUCCCUGUAUGUGGACGGCAGCUAUUGCUUAUGUACUGCUUACUCUGCGCAAGGCACUGUUCUAUGCACUUAACAUAAAAUUCAUUUCAGGCGGUCCAGUGGUUAAGACUCCUCGUCCCCACCACAGGUGGCACGGGUUCGAUCCCUGGUCAGAGAACUAAGAUCCUGCAUGCCGUGCGGCCAAAAUAAAUAAAUAAAUAAAUUUUUAAAGAUUCA